AUGGAAGGUGAAGUUUCACGCGAAGAAAAGCUUUUGGCAGGAAAGAAGAAGUUUAAAAAACUUCAAAAGAAAAAGGCCACAAGCGUCACGGCAGAAACUUCUCCUAUAUCGACUCGUAGAAAGAGUACAGAUUCUGCAGCAGCUUCGAGUACAAGAAGAUCGAGUGUCACUUCGGAUUCUGGAAGCGUCAAAGCAGAAGUGACAGAAGGAAAAGCGCAAGAAACCAUUAAAAAUGCUGACGAAAGUUCAAAUGUCGCGAAUUUUUCCCCUGAAGCAUCGGGUGAAGUUUUGCAGGACCCUUCUUCGGGAAUAAGCCAAACGACACAUAGUUCACUCGUCGAGGGUCAUCAACCGAUCACUUAUUCUCACGCACAGCAAUUGCAGACAGAUAUUUUAUCAAAACCAAUCGACAUAGCCCCUACAGAAAAUACGGCUUUACCAACUGGUAUUUCUGGAGAUGAACCAGUUUCUUAUGAAUCUCUCGCCAACAUAUGUAGUGUGCAACAACAAACCAUUGCUCUAUUAGUUGAAGAAAAGACAGCACUGGUAUCAGAUCUAGGAAAAUAUUCGGUUAUGGCCGACCGAUUUAAAAGUAGCGAAGAAUUUUUGGAGGAAGGUCGAUUGCUGGUUGAUGCUUUACGACGACAAAACGGAGAAUUGGAAGAAAAGAUUAAAAGCAGCGAUGAUCGAUUGAGAGAAGCAGAAGAACAAAAAAAAAAGAUAAUAGAAUCUUUACAGUCACAGAAUGCACGCGUGGAACAACUUGAAAAGGACAAUAAACAGCUGUUAUCUCAGUUGAACACUAAAGAUUCCAUAAUUGAACAAUUGACUGCAGAAAGAGCAAAAAUCCGAACUACCUCGGAGGAGGUAGAGGCGCUUCAAAAAUCUCUUCAGGAUAAAGAGGAUCGUUGCGAAGCACUGGAAAUAGAAUUGUCUAAUCUGAGACAUCAAUUUACUAAUGCAGAACAAGAACUUAAGGAAAAGGGAAACAAGUUAUUAAUAACUGAGCAAGAUGCACACGAAAAGCAUUCGAAAUUUGAAUCAAUGGCUAAUCAAAUUCAAUCACUGACCGAGAUCCACAACGAUACAAACCAGAAACUGGAAAAGAAAUCAAGCGAGUUUGAGGUUAUGUCACGAGAAUUUGCUGAACUCAACGAGCAACUUUCCAUGAAAUUAUCCGUAAUUGAUGAAUUACAACGUGACCGUGAUAACUUGACGUUGGAAUUACAAGCUUCUCAAUCAGAAAAUUCGAAAAUGACAAAACGCAUUAAAGAUCUUACGACAAAGAUUGAUGGCUUGUCUUUGGACAAUCGUAAUUUAUUGUCUCAGUUAACCGAGCUGAGGGGAAAAUUUGUGGAAAUAAGCAAUGAUAAAUCGGUAUUGGUCGAAGAAGUAGACAGGGAGAAAUCAAGGGCCAACAGGUUAGAACAGGAAAUUGCAAAAAUACAAGAACAGCUUUCUCUAAAAGGCUAUGGGGGCACACUAAAAACGAAUGGGACAAGUCGUGAGGUGGGUUCUAAAGCAUCAGCCAAUUAUUUAUUAAAUCAAGAACACAAACAGGAUUUGCAUCAAAGUGAUUCAAUGCCACACAAAGUGAUUUCCUCACAACACAGUGCAAAUCAUCGAUACGCAUUUUCAGAAUUUAGCAGUGACUUCGAGAUUGGGAAAUGUUCGGGGUGCAUUGGUGAGGUAAUUGUAGUAUAA